CCAAGUUAAUUGUGAUGAUGAGUAUGCUGAUAUUGAUUGGGACAAGCUUGGAUUUAGCCUAAUCCCUACGGAUUAUAUGUACUUGAUGAAAUGUUCCCAAGAAGAUGGGUUUAUUGCUGAGGGCCAACUUAAUCCUUACGGAAAUCUUGAAUUAAGCCCUGCUUCGGGGGCCUUAAACUAUGGACAAGGCAUAUUUGAAGGAAUGAAGGUAUUUAGGAGAGACGAUGGCCGAAUUUUCUUGUUUCGUCCUGACCAAAACGCUCAACGACUGAAAAUUGGUGCUGAAAGAAUGUGCAUGCCUUCUCCUUCGGUCAGCCAAUUCAUUGAUGCUGUGAAGCAGACCGCUAUAGCAAACAAACGUUGGAUUCCUCCUCCUGGAAAGGGAUCCCUCUACAUUAGACCUUUACUCCUAGGAAGUGGACCCAUACUUGGGGUGAGUCCAUCACUUGAGUAUAUGUUCGUCAUCUAUGCUUCCCCUGUUGGAUACUAUUUCAAAGAAGGCAGUUCUCCUUUGAAUUUGUGUGUAGAGGAAGAAUUUGAUCGUGCUUCACGUGGUGGAACCGGUGGAAUAAAAACUAUUAGCAAUUAUGGACCUGCUUUGAGGCCACUGAUUCAGGCAAAGAGCAAAGGUUUUUCGGAUGUUCUAUACCUUGAUUCUGUGAACGGGAAAUACAUUGAGGAAGUUUCUUCUUGUAACAUAUUCAUUGUUAAGGGAAACACAAUCUCAACUCCUCCGGUAAAAGGUACAAUACUUCCAGGAGUCACUCGAAAAAGCGUAAUGGAAAUAGCUCGCAAUCUUGGUUAUAAUGUUGAAGAACGGCUUAUCCCAGUGAGCGAAUUGCUUGAAGCUGACGAAGUUUUCGGCACUGGAACAGCCGUUGUUGUUGCUCCUGUGGGUACCAUUACUUACCGUGGUAAAAGGAUAGAAUACAGGACAGGUGAGAACUCGGUAUCGAAGAGGCUUUCAUCAACAUAUGUUGCAAUUCAAAAUGGUUUGAUUGAGGACAAAAAUGGUUGGAUGGUAGAAAUUAAUUAACAAGGACUCUACACUUUUCA